CUCUCUCUCUCUCUCUCUCUCUCUCUCUCUCUCUCUCUCUCUCUCUCUCUUUUAACUAAACACUAAAUUAUCGAUCCUCUCUAUUAUUCUCAAAAAUCGACGCUAAAUCAAAACUCUCUCAAAAGCACACAAGAGAGAAAAAGAAAAAGAAAAAAACCCUAAUGGAAUCGGUGGAUUCCGGGUCACAUCGAUCCGACCCGGUAAAAGGAGACGACCCAGGUCCAUCUUUCGUCUCUUCGCCACCGGCUACACCUAGCAGGUACGAGUCACAGAAGCGACGAGACUGGAACACGUUCUUGCAGUACCUCAAGAACCACAAGCCUCCUCUUGCGUUGUCACGGUGUAGCGGAGCGCACGUGAUCGAGUUCCUCAAGUACCUCGAUCAGUUCGGUAAGACCAAAGUCCACGUGGCGGCUUGCCCUUACUUCGGCCAUCAGCAGCCUCCGUCUCCUUGCUCUUGCCCUCUCAAACAGGCUUGGGGAUCUCUCGACGCUCUGAUCGGACGGCUGAGAGCUGCUUACGAGGAGAACGGUGGACGGCCGGACUCAAACCCGUUCGCCGCACGUGCGGUUAGAAUUUACUUGAGGGAAGUAAGAGAGAGUCAGGCAAAGGCUCGUGGGAUCCCUUACGAGAAAAAGAAACGGAAACGGCCACCAACUGUCACCACCGUUAGAGUUGACGUCGCUUCUUCGAGACAGAGUGACGGCGACGCUUGUAACGUCGGUGCUCCGUCUGUCGCCGUACCGCCUUAAUCAAGAUUAAUUAAUAUAUUAUGUAGUAAUAUUAAUUAUUUAUAGGGUUUUCUUGGUUUUAUGAUAUAUAUACUUAUUAAUAUGUUUGUAUGGAACUCCCUUCACCUUCUCUUGUUCCGUGGUUACUGAUUAUCAAUUUUUUUUUUGAGAUUUUUGUUUUCUUUCUUUUUUCUGUUCAGUGGAUCUCUGAUGCAUUAAGUUCUUGAAUUUUGAAUUUUAUAAAAUUCGGACCACAUACUUUCAAGGACUAAUGCGGUUUUUUAGAAAAAUUCUUAUAUCAUGAAUUAUGUAGAUCUUACUUUUUUCGAUUCUGAUAAAACGUUAUCAUUGAAACAAAUCAUGAGAUUUGAUUGUCAAUAAUGUUUUUCAUAUUA